GCAACCCAGCAGCCAGCGAACUCUCCCAGUGUAUCGCAACAGCAUGAUCGCAGAGUGCAAUUCGAUACAGCUUUACAUUUAUAUUUGAAUGUGCGUUUAUUAAUGCUGACAUUUAACUUUCGCGUCAAGGAGUUCCUUUCUAAUGAACAAUGACAGAAGUUAAAGUCAAAAAGGAGUCCACGGACCCUGUAGAUAUCGAGAAUAGGAUAAAAGAGCUGUGUCAGCAGUUUCCACAUGGGAUCACAGACCAGGUCAUCCAGAAUGACAUGCCUCACGUUGAGGCGCAGCAACGGGCCUCGGCUAUAAACAGACUACUGUCUGUGGGUCAAUUGGACUUGCUUAGAAACAGCAAUGGCCUUUUAUAUAGGCUUAAGGAUGUUCAGUCUGCAAGUAAAGUGAAAGGUUCUGAUAAUCAAGAGAAACUAGUUUACCAGAUCAUAGAAGAUGCUGGAAAUAAAGGAAUUUGGAGCAGAGACAUCAGAUAUAAGAGUAACCUUCCGCUCACGGAAAUCAAUAAAAUCCUCAAGAAUCUCGAGAGUAAGAAACUCAUCAAAGCAGUGAAGUCGGUCGCGGCCUCAAAGAAGAAGGUGUACAUGCUGUACAACCUGCAGCCGGACCGAUCUGUGACAGGAGGAGCCUGGUACAGCGAUCAGGAUUUUGAGUCCGAGUUCGUCGAGGUUCUCAACCAACAGUGCUUUAAGUUCCUGCAAAGUAAGGCCGAAGCGGCGCGAGACAGUAAGCAGAGCCCCAUGGUGCAAAGAAACAGCUCGUUCGCCACCUCUCAUGAAGUGUGGAAGUACAUCUGCGAGCUUGGCAUCAGCAAAGUGGAUUUGUCCAUGGAGGACAUCGAGACCAUUCUAAACACGCUCAUCUAUGACGGCAAAGUGGAGAUGACCAUAAUCGCCGCUAAAGAGGGGACGGUGGGGAGCGUAGACGGACAGAUGAAGCUCUACAGGGGGGUGAACCCUAUAAUUCAACCCACCGGCCUGGUCAAAACACCGUGUGGGCUGUGUCCGGUGUUCGAUGACUGCCAUGAAGGGGGCGAGAUCUCUCCGUCUAACUGCGUUUACAUGGCCGAGUGGCUGGAUUUCUGAAAAAGCCAAACAGGACGUCUUUUGUUUUUCUCUGUGGAGAAAGGGUUUUUCGUGCAGCAUCCGAUGUCUUUUUUUAUUUGCGUUUCGAACACUGAUGGCUUUAACGACUCGAGCAGAACUACACGAAGCGAAUAAGAAGAAGCUUGGACACACAAAGACUGAUUUUUUUUUUUUCGUUUGUUAGGUUUUUUUUUUUUAUUGCUUCUCUUCACCCACAGAUACGUCUUUAAAGAUAUACCUCAACCGUUUCAGUGAAUAAAGGUUUUCGUAGUUGAAAGGUAGUCCGCACGUCGGACGGUGUGUUUGUGUGCCUCCGUCGUUUUUAACGGCACUUGUGUUUUUAUGAGGAUAUUCUAUGAAUCAGUAAAUUCAUGAUUUCAGCGUAGCCGCAAACUAUUGAGGUAAAAAAAAAAAACUCAGUGCCUAAAAAAAAAAGGUUUGGAGUUAAUCUGUGUCGUUGUCAUGAUUGGCAUAUUUUAAUUAUUUAAAAAAAAGUUUUUUUGUAAUUUAUGAUAUCACAAAUUUGCAUUUUAAGCAACGAUUCGAUUUUAAUUAUUUUUUUUUUUCUGAUUUCUGUGCCAAUGCAUUGUGCCAAACACUCAAGGUUUAUGCAGAGUACACUGCAUAUUUUUAUUUUAUUUAUUUUUUAUCUUUCUCACUGAUACUAUUUCACAUGCAUUUUUAAAAAGUGAACGUCAUGGGAAUUUUGCCUAAAUAAUUAGCGCCGUGACUAAUGGCCAAUUAUGGCAUCCCUUUCAUUUUCACCACCCGCGUCAGUUUAUUAUGUGCUGGAGUACGUCGAUACGCCGGAAGGGCGCGUGUCUUUAAUUUACUUUUUAAUUUUGUGUGCGUGUACGAACUGCUUUUCAAACAUCAGCCAGAAUAUGAAAGAAAUUAAUACUUUUGUUCAGCAAUGGUGCAUUCAUUUAAUAACUGAGCGACUGUAAAGACUUGCAAAACUAAUCAUUUGUAUUUAAAAAGUGCCGUCCAAUUGAACUUAUGCAAAGAAUCCUGAAGAAAUAAAAUAUUAAUUGCAUAAAUCAGCAGCACAGCGAUUUGCAUGAAAAAAAAAGUUAUCUUCCACCCACAGAAACUCAUUUUUAUGUUAUUUCAUCGAAUAAACAAGACUUUCAAAACCGUUUAAAAAUAUUCAAGAUGCUAAACCAUAACCGUAUAUAACCGCUGCUUCGGGGGAUGUUUAAACAGCUUGUCAUUCAUUUAGAUUAGUUUAAAUGUCAGAGCAGUCAUUUCCAUUUCCAAAGUUGUUAUGAAUUUUUUAACGCAUCGAUUGUGAGGUUACAUCAAUGAUGCGCAAAGCAUAAAUGCAUCCAAAUACAUAAAAUCAGA